AAAAUUUGUAUGUGGAGCAGAUCGAAAAUUACGAGUUUUUAAUUAGAAACAAUUUAUUACUGCAUGGACAACGAUACCAAGCACACCAAAUCACAUAGUUACAACACAAUCGCACUGUAUUGUGGCGAGAAAAAUACGUCCAUUCAAAAUGAUCUACGGAAAUCAGCAACCUUUUGCGAUGCCAAAAUAGUUCUAGAAGAUGGCGGCUGUAUUCCUGUACAUCGAGUCAUUUUGUGCAGCGCCACCGAGUUUUUUCACAAGCUAUUCAUGUCACCGGUGAGUGCAGAGCAAAACAACAACUACUUCAUCAAAUAUGUUCGAACCGGAAUAAUGGAAUGUGUUAUUAACUUUGCCUACACAUUCAUUUGUGAUAUCAACGAAACCAAUUUGUGCGAGCUGCUAACAACUGCCGAGUAUUUCUGUUACACAUCAUUAGUCGAUCGAUGCGCCGAAUACAUUCAGAGCAUUCUGAAUGUGAAGAACUGUAUUUCUUUGAUGUUAAUGACGAGGAAGUGUCUGUUCAAGCACGACAUCCAGCGCAAAACUAGGGGAUACGUUUUGCGUAAUUUCAUUAGUGUCGCCACAUCAAAUACGGAUAUAUUGAGUUUGUCAUGUAAUGACCUCGUGGAUAUUAUAAUGGAUGAUGCGUUGAAUUCAAAAAGUGAGGAGCCCGUUUGGGAGUUAUGCCUACGAUGGAUUGAGUUCGAUGAAGAAAAUCGCAAACAAUAUGUUCCACGAUUGUUAGAGAAUGUUCGCCUUGGAUUGAUAAAACAAGAUUACUUUGAACGGCGGGUAUUAAAUCACAAUUAUGUGCAAUUAUGUCCAGAGGCGAAACCAAUUGUAAACACGGCGCAUAAAUUCGUGUCAGACUUGGAUGAAAUCGAUUGGCUCAAUGAACGUGAUACAGACAUCUCUUUGCUUGUGCCACGAUUGCCGUCCGACGUGCUCUUUGCAAUCGGCGGCUGGUAUGAUGGAUCUGCGUGUUUAUUAUUCGAAACGUAUGACGUUCGAGCCGAUCGAUGGAUUGAAUUCCAUUUUAGCGAUCCGAACGGACCAAGAGCAUAUCACAGUGCCGCCGUUAUUGGUUCCAAAAUCUAUUUCAUUGGAGGAUACAGUGGCAGUGAAUAUUAUAACAAGUGCACCGUGUUUGAUGUGAAAACGAAAAUGUGGAGGGAGAUCGCACCAAUGCACUACCGUCGAUGCUACGUCAGUGUUUGUGUUUUCAAUGACAGAAUUUAUGCGAUGGGUGGUCACGAUGGCCAUAGUCGACUUCGUGCUGUUGAAUCGUACAAUCCAGAAACAAAUCAAUGGACUCUCAUGUGUAGCAUGGCAUUACGACGAUCUGAUGCUGAUGCUUGUGAACUUAAUGGACAAAUUUAUAUUGUUGGUGGUUUCGACGGUAGCAUAUGCCUGCGGAGUUGUGAAGUGUACAAUCCUGAAAAAGAUGAGUGGUCCUACAUACCCGAAAUGCUGAAUGCACGAUCUGGCUUAAAGUGUGUUCCGUACAAUGGUCAAGUGUUUGCAGUUGGUGGAUACAACGGCCUGAGUCGCUUGAGUACUUGCGAAGCAUACAGCCCACAAACAUUCUUUUGGGCAUCAGUUCAUGAUAUGAUUUCGCCGCGUAGUAAUUUUGGUAUUGAAGUAAUCGACGACACAAUUUAUGUAUCUGGAGGUUUUGAUGGACUUUCGACCAUUAACAAAGUGGAAUAUUACAGAGCUGAAAACAAUGAGUGGAAACCAGCCGCAGGAAUGAACCAUCAUCGAUCAGCCCAUGCAAUUGCCAAAGUAUCUGAUUUCAGCAAUAUUGAGGACUUUGUCUACGAAUCUCGUUUGGCUUUUGGAGAAGGACGUCAAGUCAUGUGAUUUUGUAUGAAAAAAAUAAAGAAAAUUUUGCGUUAAAGCAGAUAUUUUGAC